AUGGGGGCGUUCGAUUCUCUCAGAGGUGAUCAAUUACAAGAAGGGUGGUUAGGAAAACAUACAUCCACAAUAGAUUGGUGUGAAUUGAAUUAUUCUGUCACUCCAUACGUUGCUGAAUUCGUCAAUACGUUAACUAACCUUCCUACUGUUUUAUUGGGUUUAUACGGUGCUUGGGUGGCUUAUAAUGGAGGUUUAAAGAAUAGAUAUUUGGCAUGUUAUUUGGGUUUGUCGUUGAUAGGUUUGGGAAGUUUUGGUUUUCAUAUGAGUCUAAGAUGGGAGUGGCAAUUGAUGGAUGAGUUACCUAUGAUAUACGUAGUGUCCUACGCUGCGUAUUUAUCAUUAGACACACUCCCUUCUUUCAAACCACGAUUCGGGUUAUGGGGACCUCUGUUCAUGCUCGCUUGGGACUUCUUUGUUACUUUUUCCUAUAUUUACCUUCCAAAUCCCAUCUAUCACGAAAUAGCAUUCGCAUCCAUACUCUUCACUACUCUUUUCCGUUCCGUCUCACUCAUUCGACGUUUACCUUCUGAUCACCAUACCAGACCUUUUGUCACACGAACGAUGCUUGUCGGUUCGGCCGUUUUCGCUUUGGGGUUUGGGGUGUGGAAUGUGGAUAACAUAUUUUGUGUGCAGUUGAGGAAGAUUAGAGGGUAUAUGGGUGUAUAUGGUUUUUUGUUAGAAGGUCAUGGAUGGUGGCAUAUCCUUACUGGUUAUGGAGCGUUCUUAAUAUUCUCCGCUACUAUCCUACUUCAUCUAUCUAUCAAAGUCUCCCCUGACGCAUAUGCCUUCAACCCCAAUCAUUGGUUCCCCGUCCCUAUCUCUGACCAGACAUACACACCCCGCACCACUUCUUCCACCCCCACAUCUGAGUCGAAAGUAGAGAAUACGCACAGAAGAGAACUUCGGAGUAACAAGCAUAACGUUCAAGUGAACGGCGUUCAUUGAGUCAUCACGAAGUGAGAACAUCUAAGAAGAUCGUCAAGAACAUUUGUCGGAUACACAAUUACAAUGCAUAUUUUCCUUCUU